AUGCAGCAACAACUCAAGGCCUUCGCGGAUCACUUGCGAUCUUCUGGAUGGCGACCUCGUGCAAGCCCUGGUGACAUCAUCGCGGCACUGGGCACUAUGUCUGCAGAAAAUCGCGCUGCUGUCUUGGUUGCCUUGGGGGGUGGGGGCCCCGUGGCGCCUGGACCUUCACCUCCAAGGAAGGUUGGUCUCUUUGAACCAAGGCCAAUGGAUGCUGCGCCUCCUUUGCCACCGCUUCCGUAUGUGGAUGUCUCCGCUCCCUUAUUCCCCGAUGCAGACAUGAUUGAAGCCCCAGGUAACGCUGACCUUGCCCGGGUGGAAAAUGACCUUCUGGCGCUAGUGCGGAGUUCCGGCUCUGGUUUGCCAUCAAUACGGGAUAAGGCUGCCUUUGAUGAGAACGCCCCGCUCAACGUGGCUGCUUUCGACGGGAUGCUGGGGCCCUGCGAACUUGAUGCUGAUGCCCAGACUCUUCCUGAUCUGGCCACGCUGGUGGG